AUGGCCAUUAUUCUUGGGCUGAGACUUGGCCCAUUAGAAAAUAGUAGGGGUCUGGCCAUAAUAAACUUUACAAGCGAGUGCCUUGGUGAAAUCUCACAGAGGAUCAUACCUCAGGUUCAACAACUUUAUGAUUAUGAUCCUGGAUUUAUAAAACCACCCGGUUCAGAAUACCUGUUCCCUUUGUUUCUGGAAAUCGUCAUAGAUGUCCCGUCAGAUGAAGAGAAUCAAGUGAUGGAGCGUGCAGUGAUCGAAGACUCCCUCCAACAUUUUAGAAUGAAUCCAGCAUCCAAGAAUGCCAUCAAUUCUCUAAAGAAAUUCAAGAUUAUGAAACAGAAUGAGCAUUUUACUAUCUGCAUGGAAGAGUUCGAUGUGAGUGGUGAUAAUGAUGAUGACGUGACAGCCUCCGCAAUGCCCUGCAACCACGUGUUUCACCAACAAUGUAUUGUGAAAUGGCUGCAAACUAGUCAUGUGUGUCCUUUGUGUCGCUACUCUAUGGCCACCGCCAACGAGCACUGA